AUGGGACCAAGCAGGAGGAUGUGCAGGACUCAGCUCUGGCUUUUGGCCUUUCUGGUCCUUUGUUCUCUGACUUCUCUGGCUGAUCAAUCUCCAAUGAAGGUGAUGUCUGCUCCCAACUUGUUGCGGGUAGGAACGCCUGUAAACAUCUUUGUGGAGUGUCAAGACUGCACUGAUGAUAAUGACAUCGUAGUAGAAAUCAUCGUAGAGAACUAUCCCACCAAAAGCAAAAGGCUGACUUCCACAUCUGUGACCCUUACAAGUGCAAAAAAAUUCCAAGACUUCGGAGAAAUCGUGAUUCCUGCUGGAGACUUCAGUCCAGAUCCUAACAAAAAGCAGUAUGUGUACCUGAAAGCUCGGUUCCCCGAUGUAGAGCUGGAGAAACUCGUCUUACUGUCCUUCCAGUCCGGGUACAUUUACAUCCAGACCGACAAGACUCUCUACACCCCCAACAGCAUAGUUUAUUACAGGAUGUUUGCAGUGACGCCCAGCAUGGAGCCUGUAGAGAGGAAUGUCACAACCCAAACUGAUGCUACUAUUGCCAUUGAAAUUAUGAGCCCGGAUGGCAUCAUUUUACCACUUGAUCCAGUCUCUCUGAAAUCAGGGCUCCACUCCGGAAAUUACCUACUUGCUGAAAUUGUCAGUUUCGGACUGUGGAAAAUAGUGGCAAGGUUCCACAGCAAACCUCAGCUGAGCUACUUUGCAGAGUUUGAAGUCAAAGAAUAUGUGCUGCCCAGUUUUGAGGUUAAACUGAUGCUUGAGAGUCCCUUCUUCUACGUUGACAGCCAAGAGCUCACCGUUCAAGUCAAAGCAACGUAUGUGAAG